AUGAUGCCAUACAAUGGCUCAACGCGUUUCUACGACGCUGCACACGCCAUCAGACGUCAACGGGCUGGCAGCGAGGCCUUUCUCAUGGGUAUUCCUGUACCAAGUUACGAGCAGGACGCCAACCUUUCAUGUGCAUUCGUGCCUUUCUCCAACGCCCCGACCGUGCCAGUGGGACCACCCAGCGAGUUUCGAGACCGCGCUCCGGCAGGCAAAGCCGUUUCUUCUAUCUGGCAUAGAGAGAGAGAUGAUCCUAACAUCUGCCGGUACGAAGGUUGCAAACGCCAGGCGAUGAUUCACCCCCGCCUCGGGAACAUGGAGUGGUGCAGCGACGAACAUAUGAGGAUGGCAAUCACACAUCUCGGUUUAAAGGAGUGUCGAACGGAGGGGUGCGUAAAUCCGCGCCGCAGGAAAGACAAGCGUUGCAGCGAUCGUUGCGGCGGUUGA